AAACGAAGUGAUUUGAUGGCCAUAAGGCCUUUUUUGCUACAGCAAAAACUCACAACAAUCUUGAAUCGUCAACGACAGAAGAAGAAGAACAAUAUCAACAAAACCCUCUUUUCUUCUCUUUUAUUUAUUCGCAAUAAUAAUAAUAAUAAUAAUAAUCCUUUUCUCUUCUCUUCUCCUCAAUCAUCAUCCAUUUCUACUCUCUUACGUCAAUUCGCUUCUUCAACCACUGCCUUCUCUCACCAAAAACAAGGACAACAAGAGAUACAACACCGUCUUCCUCACCGAUUUAGGUCUUUGGUGCCUCCUCCGGACACGCUGGCUCAGAAAAUUGGCAAAUCGAUUCGCCGUCCUGGCGCUCCUUCCAAGGCUAGGGUUUAUGCUGAUAUCAAUGUGACCCGUCCUAAAGACUAUUGGGACUACGAGUCUCUAACCGUUCAAUGGGGGGAGCAGGAUGAUUAUGAGGUGGUAAAGAAGGUUGGGAGGGGGAAAUACAGUGAAGUUUUCGAGGGAGUGCAUUGCACGGAUAAUGAGAAAUGCAUAAUUAAGAUUCUCAAACCCGUGAAGAAAAAGAAAAUUAAGAGAGAGAUUAAAAUACUGCAGAAUCUCUGUGGAGGACCAAAUAUUGUGAAGUUGCUUGAUAUUGUUAGAGAUCAACAAUCAAAGACUCCAAGUCUCAUUUUUGAAUAUGUGAAUAAUACUGAUUUUAAAGUGCUUUAUCCGACACUUUCAGACUUUGAUAUUAGGUAUUACAUCUACGAGCUUCUGAAGGCAUUGGAUUAUUGCCACUCACAAGGCAUCAUGCAUCGAGAUGUGAAGCCUCAUAACGUCAUGAUUGAUCAUGAGCAGAGGAAACUUCGUCUGAUAGAUUGGGGGCUUGCAGAAUUUUAUCACCCUGGGAAAGAAUACAAUGUUCGUGUUGCUUCAAGAUACUUUAAAGGCCCUGAACUUCUUGUCGAUCUGCAAGACUAUGACUAUUCUUUGGACUUGUGGAGCCUUGGUUGUAUGUUUGCUGGAAUGAUAUUCCGUAAGGAGCCAUUCUUCUAUGGGCAUGAUAAUUAUGAUCAGCUGGUCAAAAUAGCUAAGGUACUUGGAACAGAUGAGCUGAAUGCCUAUUUGAAUAGGUAUCGCAUAGAGUUAGAUCUGCAUCUUGCUGCACUUGUUGGGAGGCAUAGUCGGAAACCGUGGUCAAAGUUUAUUAAUGUUGACAAUCAACAUUUGGCAGUUCCUGAGGCUGUUGACUUCCUCGACAAGUUGCUGCGAUAUGAUCACCAAGAAAGGCCAACUGCAAAAGAAGCUAUGGCCCAUCCAUACUUCUAUCCAAUUAGAAAUGCAGAAAGCAGCAGAAGUCGUACCUAGUUUCAAAUUUCAAGAUGCUGUCAAGUCCUGGCUUCUCUUUGUUCUUUGUUGCGGCCUUCCUAUGUAAUCCGACUGAAUAUUAUUAUAAUGGUGAGUUUGCAUUUAGGGAAGUCCUUCAUGCUUCUGUUGUUAAGAAGCCAGUCAUUUUUUAAUUCCCAUUCCAGGCAUCUUCUGGCUUAAUAUACUAUUUUUUUUUCUCUGAACUUGUGUGCUCCUAAUUUGGGAAUAAAUACUGAUUUCAGAUAUUUUGUUUGGUUUUUUAUCGUUUUUGUGAUUAGAUGAUACGUUUGAAUUU